AUGAUUGAAUUGGGAUUGAGUCGGGUUGCGAGUCUGCUUCAGCAGACCCCGCUUACAUGGAAGGCCAUUCACAUUGCUGGAACCAACGGUAAAGGCUCUAUAAGUGCCUACCUAUCCCAUUUGCUGUCUACUGGAGAUGUUCGUUGCGGACGUUUCACUUCCCCACAUUUGAUCGAUCGGUGGGACUGCAUCACCAUCGGCGAGAAGGUGGUUCAGGAGUCUCUCUUUCGACAGAUUGAAGACCAGGUCAAACAACGAGAUCAAUCCCUAGGUAUCGGCGCCUCCGAAUUCGAACUUUUGACCGCAACCGCCUUUGAGAUAUUCAACCAUGAGCGAGUGGAGGUCGGAGUCGUGGAGGUGGGCAUGGGAGGCCGCCUAGAUGCAACAAAUGUUCUGACUGAUGUUCUUGUGUCAGUCAUCACAAAGAUUGGGAUGGAUCAUCAAGCGUUUUUGGGUUCUACAAUUGAAGAAAUCGCCCGUGAAAAGGCGGGUAUCCUCAAGCCUGGCGUACCUUGUGUGGUAGACAACACAAACACCCGGGAGGUGAUUGAGACGGUCAAAGGUCGAAUCCAAGAACUUGGUAUUCCGUCAUCUUUUGUCUCUCCCUCGCAAGUUUCCGAACAACUUCCGCCACUUGCAUCUUUGUUCAAGACGCUUGACUUGGAGCCUCACCAACAAGAAAACAUGUGCUGCGCAGUAUCCGCCUUGCGCCUGGCCCUGUCUCAACUCCGACCUGAAAAAGAUGUCUUUUCAUUGCUCCCACAUCUCGCCGACGUGACUUGGCCAGGUCGUUUGCAAAACAUCAUCCUUCAACCCUUGGUCGACCGCGCAGAGCAUAUCCUACUCGACGGUGCUCAUAAUGCACAGUCUGCCGAAGUUUUGGGCAAAUAUGUGGAUCGCAAGAUGCGUUCCAAUGGAAAGCCAGUCACUUGGGUUGUUGCUGCAUCCAGUGGGAAAGACUUAGCUGGAGUAUUCGGCUCCAUCAUCCGCCCUGGGGAUCGUGUCGCAACAGCCGAGUUUGGCCCUGUGGAUGGAAUGCCAUGGGUGACUUCAACAAAUGCCCAAGAACUUGCUUCAUCAAUUCAAGCCAUCCAAAAUAUUGGCCGAGUCCAGAGCUUCGAGGGUGAUCUACUCCCUGCUCUCCAAUGGGCUAGUCAAGAGGCUCAGGGCGAGUCUCUUGUCAUUGCUGGUAGCUUAUACCUUGUCUCCGAUGUGCUGCGUCUUCUCAGAGAGGCACAGAAAUGA